GUUGUAGUUACUACAGGCAACUGUUUAAAAAUUAAUAUUUCGCCUAAAACACUAUUUUCUAUGUGGCACGUUGAUGACGACCUCUAUGGGGUCCUUCGCUUCGGAUUUAAUGCGGCACUGAGCGUUAAUCGAGCACCGAGUAGUCGAUCAGGAUCUUGAGAACGUUAGAGUUUUCCUACGCAGCGCCAUCAUGGUGUUACAGAGGCUCGUGCACGCGUUAAUAAACCACGCGCAGCUCGUGGACAAGUUGGCGGAGUCACGUGUCAUCCGUCGCGCGGCGCAGCUCACCGCGUUCGCCAUGACGCGCGCGCACAUCGCCGGUAAGGACGCGGCGUGUCGGUUACGCGCAGGCGCACUGAGUCAGAAAGGCAUCAAACUCCGAGACACCUUCAUCAGGGAGGUGAAGGACGGCAUGAGAGACGCGUCACGACACGUCAGAGACAAGAAGUGAUCGGUGUCGGGGUCUAAAACUAAAGCUGCAGGAAGUGUGUGUGUGUGUGUGUGUGUGUGUGUGUGUGUGUGUGUGUGUGUGUGUGUGUGUGUGUGUGUGUGUGUGUGCAUCUUUCACCUGGGACUUAAAAGCUGCUUCAAAUAAAUAAAUAUAUUAAAAAAAAAAAAUCAGCCCUGGAAUUCUGGCAGAUUUCUUUUUCUCCUUCAGUCUUUCAUCAAUGACCUUCACACCCAGAUGUGCGAUCCAGAUGUACUCUCUCUCUGUGUCUCUCUCUCUCACGGUCUGUCUGUGUGUGUGUGUCUCUGUGUCUAUGUCUCUCUCUUCACACUCUGUCUCUCUCUUCUUUUUCCACGUUGGAGCAUCAGUGAGAUCAGGACAUUGGAGGUUCAUUGGGGUCGAGUUUGGGUCUUAAUCCUUAUUUGCAUUCCAACUCUCUACAGUAUCUUACACACACUUUCUGCACUCACACUUCCUUUGCCACAGCUUGUGAUUUUAGAUUUAAUUCCUAUGACAUAAAUCCAUCAUUAAGCACUCGGGCUGCUCCAUAAAACAUUACUACGGUCCACAUCCAUGACGAGUGCUGUGACCGUACGUUCGGCCUUCUUUGGCCCGUUUUAGCUUGGAGCUCAUUUUUAAUCCGACCCUUUUGGGAAAAGAAAGGAGACAAAAUCUCUCCGUCUAAUGUUUUUUCUUGGUUUAUUUUGACACUUCACACUCCAGGUAAAAAGUCGAUUGAUUUCUUAUUGGUUAGAAAUUCAGACCCAAACACCUAGAUUCCAAAAUCAUGAUUCAUGUUAGCGGUGCUGCUUCAAUCACAGACACCAAAGCUUAUUUUUUCCCCCUUUAAGCCAAUGGUUCUCACCGUGGAGUCCUAGAGUCCAGAUUUACACUGUUGGAAAUCACAACUAUCCACAUGAUGAAGUUUAAUAUAUUUAGACGCUGAAUCACCGGUCGACUCGGACCUCACGUGUUCUGUCAGGGGCAGAAUCAAGAAGAGAAAACAUCACGGGUCAAAACCAAUAAAAAUCUGUAUAAUGGUCAUCGAAUGAUGGCACAGGAUAUGGAUUUUUUUGAUUAGUGGACCAUUUUGUCUUACACCAGCGUUCACACUGAUCCGGUCCAGAUUCAGUGACUAAAUGUGUUAUAAAGGAACAAGAAACUUACAGAGACUUUUGAGAUAAAAUACUGAAAAGCUGCUAAUAAUAUGAUAUUCCACAUAACAGCAAGUCCAAAAUCUUCAGCUUUAAAUAACACACAAACACCGUUCUGUAUGAGAAACUGGUUUAUUUGUUGAAUUCAACCGCUGCCCCUCCUCGGGUUUGUUCGGAUUAAUGGAAUGAAUCAGAUCAGUACGGUUAUUUACAUGGAUUUAUUUUUCAGUCCCAAAGUGUCCCUAUAAAGCAGAGGUGGUGA